AUGGCCGCCAGAUCCCGCCUUCCCCUCAUUGCCGGCCUCGGUGCCGCCACCUUCGGUGGUUACUACAUGUACAGAGCCGGCGGUAGCCCCAAGGUUGCUGAGAAGCAGAUCGAGCACGACGCUGCCCGCCUCUCAUCAUCAGCAAAGGACGAGCUGCCCGGUCGCGCCAAGGAGCUGAAGACCGAGGCAAAGGUCUACGGCGAGCAGAUUGGCCAGAAGAUCGACUCCGCAGUCAAGGACGCCCGCGACAAGACCCGCGAGUUCGACGCCAAGUUCGAGUCCUACCGCGCCGACGCAGAAAAGAACAUCGACGCAUACCGCAAGGAGGCCAACAAGGAGUUCAACAGCGCCGUCGACACCUUUGACAAGAAGGUCGGUGAUGCUGCUGCCAACGCAAAGCACACCGUCGAGGUCAAGGCUGAGCAGGCCAAGAGCGGCUUCUCCAGCUGGUUCGGUGGAAAGUAA